UCUAAUUACAACGUAUUUCCGUGUGUGAUUCAUUCACGUAUAAGUGCAGGCGGCCAGGGUCGAGUAAGUUUGUAUAGUAAGUAUAGUAGCUAGGCCGUCAUAAUAGGACAAACUUACCUUACAAAAAGACAUACGGGUUUAUAUAGCCCAGAGGAAAAACCGUUAUUAUCCCAAUCUGGAAUUCUUUAGAUAUACUACAUAGUCAGGGAGUCUAAACCGUCAGGGAGUGGUUGUGAGAGCAGUGAAGACGAAGAGGAUGUCUUGUCGACGACAUGGGACAACGUCGAGUACUUAUAGAAAUACAAGAUACGCACGAGAGAGCACAGCGAACAGAUAUGUCUUCCCACAUACAAGUACAUCACUAGACGACUUCGGAAACGUCGUUCUAGAGGACUCUUUCCAAAGUGAGGUAACAGAGAAAACAAACGUGUACCUGAUAGGGAAGCAGGAAGCUGAAAACGAGGUUUUUAUAGACAGAGUGAUAAUUGCAGAGGGAGAUAAGGACAAAGCUUUACUAUAUAUUGUGGAUAAGCUGCCGAAUGAAGAAAGGGUCCAGGUUCUACUGAACUGUUUGCUGAGUCGAGGCUCGGAUCCGUCCGCACACAAUGUUUCAGGAGAGACGCCAUUACACUAUGCCGUGAGGAACAAUUUCAAGGGAGUCUGCAAGAAACUUUUAGAGAAUGGUGCAUGGCCAAAUGCUAAAGAUAGCAACGGGUUAUUGCCAUUUGCUAUAGCUUUAACUAACGAUAAUGACGAAAUAGCAUCCAUGCUUAUCCUCCACAUGAAAAACAACGAGGUGCGUAUGAUGUUUACAAGUUCUGGACCAUCUCCAGCAGAAUUUAGUUUCCAUAAACUUCUUCGAUCUGGAAAAAUGGAGAAGACAGUAUUGUCCAUCCUGAAUUGUAUGAUCGAUUUAAUCGGUACCGAUGGAAAAGCUCAUGUCUACUUCCAUGUAUUGGAGAGUGAUGAAGAAGGGAGGUGUCCGAGCAAACACAAUUUUAACACAAAAGACAGGUCACCCUUUCAAAUAAUUGCAAAAAGUGGGAACAAGACAAUCGUGAAUCACGACGUGAUCAGGCUUCUAAUACGGAGAAAGUGGAAACAUUAUGCAAGAGUUCGAUUUUUAGUGAAUGCGAUUUUGUUUAUGUGUACCCUAGCCUGUUUGGCUUUCGCUGCCAUAUCCGCCGCCAAGACGGAAAAUCCACUGGUCUAUAGCGGAGAGUUAGACAUCUUCAGGGCAAUUUGUGAAGUGCUGAGUGUGAUCGCCGCAAUCAUGACCCUUUUCCAAGAAAGCCAUCAUAUUAUUAAACACAAACUCGAAUAUUUCACGGAGAAGUUUAAUUACUUAGAACUAGCAUCUGCACUGUUCCUGCUAAUCCUGGUUCCGCUUCGCUUCACAAACAAUGACAAUCAAUGGCAGAUUGGCUCCGUGGUCUUCAUGCUGUGGACUCUCCGGAUAUUCAAAUAUGCAUCCGUGUUCAGACAAACCGGAGCCUACGCCCAGAUCCUGGUGCGCGUCGUAGCGAAUGAUUUCGUGCAGUUCAUGGUAGUCUUUCUCGUAUUUCUGGUGGUGUUUAGUGGUACCCUUCUCCUCGCACUCAGAGGCAAUUCGCAGACUGCUGACAUCGCCGAAACAAGUUCUUUUUGGGCCAUCUUGUUUCUUGGUCUCCGGAUAUUGAUAGAAUCCGAGAAGAUAAUAGAAUAUACAUCCAUUGAUGCUUGGAGCUGUAUUGUCGUGGUCCUGUUCCUGUUCUGCUGUAUCGUGCUACUGUUAAACCUACUGAUCGCUCAGUUAAGUGAUACCUACCAACAUAUACAAAAUGACGCUCAAAGAGGCCUGGAGGUCAACAGAGCCUGGAUCGUGGCUAGGAUAGAGCUCAGGAGUAUGAUCUUUCAGCAGGGAUUCCGGUUGAAAUAUUACAAAAAUAAAAAAGAAGUAAAGGAUAUCAACAAAGUGCUGGAGAAAUGGGAGUCACCUCCCCUACAGGAAAUGAACAAGAAUGUACAAGGCAUAGAAGAAUGUGUUGGCGCUCAUAAACUCAACUUGCUGUCAGUGACUGCUCGACUUGCGAGACAAGAACGCACACUCAUCAGAAUGCAGGAAACACUUGAUGUUCUAUCGAAACGAUUUGUUCCUGAAUGGAAGAACAAUAAUCUAAUCAACAGCGCACGUGCCGCUGAUGAUGUCAUUACUGAUGACGCAAUUAGAGACAAUAAUGACGUACAGGUUGACAUCAUGCCACCAGAGAAUGGAGACCGCUUUCCAAUAGACAAUGGUAGAAGGAACUCAGAAAUAGGAGAGCAUACUACAGUGACAUUUUCUGUAGCAUCCGACCCAGUAUCUGUUUAGGACGUCAGUUUAUCAAUUAGGGAGGCAAUGUCCUCGUUAAAUGUGAGAACUUAUUACAUAUUUAACCAAAGAAAUCGAUGCUUCGCUUUAUCAAUGGAUUUAAACAAAUUAAUUUCGCGAUGGUAUACUUCCGGAACAAAAGUAUGACGGGCUUCGGAAGAAGUGUGAGAAGUUUUUACGUUUUAAGAAUAAUUGCUCUUGUGUGUUAGUUUUCCUUGUGAAUGUCAAGACCAUAUCAGGAUCUACCAUUCACAGAGUCUUCAUGUCUUGUCAUGUUGUAUUUAUAUCCAAAAUGAUAAUCUAAAGCCUCUCCAGACUUGCACACUAUUUCGCACUCAUUGCAAUUGAUUGUUUUUUGGUUGUUUUUUUUUUUUUCUGUUUGGGUUUUUCUUCAGUUUUUAAAGAUAUUACAUAAUAUUUAUAAAUAUAAACAAAGAGAAACCUUUCACAUAUGCUUACUUUCGAAGCACUAUAAAUAUUUAUCAUCAUCAUCAACAUCAUCAUCAUAAUCAUCAUCAUCACCAUCAUCAACAUCAUCAUCAUCAACAUCAACAUCAUCAUCAUCAUCACUAUGUAGUCAUUAUCAUUUAAUUCAUCAUCAUUUAUUAUCACGAUCUCACAACACAAAACAAGAAUGUCAUCUUAAGCUAAAAAACAUACUGACUCUAGUCAACACUCAGUAACAUUCAGGGAGUUGCUAAGGCAUCUAGUUUUAUAUACAAAAUGUUUGAUAAUGACUAAAUUUUCAUAAUCGACAGAAAUGCAAAUAAGGAGAAACAAUCCUUAAAAGAAAGGAAUCAUUCUUGUUUUCAAAUGGUAUUGAAAGUAAAUCCAAUUAAGUUUCAAACCUCUGGAGAAGUAUUUGUACUUUUUUGCAGCCCCAUGGUCUUAUUUUGCCGCUAACAUAAGAUUAGGAUUUAAAUUUAAUUUAUGGAGAAACUGUUUGUCACCAAGAUAUGGUGAGUGACUCUAACUUUAAACCAUGAUAACUUUGAGCCUUUACUUCAAAAAUCUCUAUAUAAAGUGGUAGAAACAGCUGUGAAAGCCUCUCUGUCUGAAACUGAAGAUUUCUUAAGUGAUGUUUACUAAUCUAUGACAUUGCAGAAAGUUGGCAAUAGUAUUAAAGGUUUGAAAAAAACUCAUCAAAGGAAAGAAGGGUGAAAUUGUCAGCAUUUUUAAACAUAUCAUUCAAUGUAAAAUCACCUGCUUCAAACCAAUAAGGACUGAAAACAAGUUAUUGUAAAUUGGGAUAUCUUGGUUUUACCAAAGAGGAGUUUUUUAUAAUACUUUCUUGUCUGCCAAGCCUCAUUACUUUAGAAUUGUUGAGUUGAUCCUAUGUCUUAAAGACAUCCUUCAAAAAUAAACUGCGGCAUUUGGAAACACACAAAUGUAUAUAGACUGUCCACAGUUGUACAACUUUUUAAGAUAUAUAAUUGAUUUACAGAUCAAAUUCCAUUUGUUAGAGGACCGAAGUAGUCUUCUUAUCCAGCCAAGCUUUAAGGAAUGGUUGAAAACAUAUAAGUCAAUUAAGUCCACCUUCUACAUAAUCUUGGAUAAUAAUAUCUUAUUACUCUUACGGCGAUUACCACAGAAAAUCCAAUCAUACAGAAUUUAACUGAGUGAUAUAUUUCACAAUAAUAUAUCAAAGUCUGUGUGGAUGUUUGGUAUGUGAAGAAAUGAAUUGCUUAAUCAAUUUCAUGUCUAAAAAAUAGCAAUAUUGUCAAAAUUCUAAAUGCGCAGUAUUAAUCCGUAAAAUCAACGACAUUUAAGAGCCAUACUCCGGCAAGUUCUAUUUUGAUUAAAGAGCUCAGGAGUCUUUUUCUCACUAGAUAUCAAAGUCAGUGGUACUUCAGACACACUCAUUCAAUUAGAAAUGAUAAAGGUGUUUCUUAAUACAAUCUGAUUUUUAAAUGUAUAUAUCUAAUGAAAUGUUUGAAUGCUUGCACAAUUGUAUGCUCGUGCUUAUUGAUGUAAUUAACUAUGAACUUACAUGUGAAAUUAAAAAGAUGCAUGCAAUAUCAAAUUGAAUCAACAUAAUUGUUAAGUUAGACUUGUAAUUUUAAAGCUUCUCUACAACUCAGUCUCAGUAAUAUUAGAAACACACGCCAAAAUAAUUUUGAAAAUCUUACUACAUGUAUUUUCCCCCAUACGUUAUUUUUUUUUAAAUGCACGUAAUGUUGAUAUAAUGUGUCCCUGUGAGAUUUAA